UUUAAUUAAGAAAGGCGUGGUUUAAAUCAUAGCCCCGCCCAUAAAAUGAAUGCUCCUGCAACUUUUGAGUCUUUUCUGCUCCUUGACGGAGAGAAAAAGAUAACAGUGACCAAGGACACCAAAGUACCAAAUGCAGCCAUUUUUACAGUUUUCAAGGAAGACCACACCUUGGGAAACCUACUUAUGCAUCAGCUAUUAAACGAUCCCCAGGUGUUAUUUUCUGGUUAUAAAGUCCCACAUCCGUUAGAGCACAAGUUUGUACUUCGUAUUCAAACCACAGCAGAUUACAGCCCCCAGGAGGCACUCUCUAAUGCACUUACUGAUCUUAUAAGUGAAGUGACUAAAAUUGAGACAAGAUUUAAAGAUGCUGCCAGAGAGAGAAAAGAUGGAAAUGAUUAAAAACGUUUUAAAAUACAGUCACUAAUAUAUUCAUUACUUCUACCAUUAUUAUUAUU